AUGUCGAUAUCAAAAAUUAAAAAUGCUGCAAAAUCUUUAAAAACAUUUCAAGGUAUUCACUUUGAACAAUGUUUGGAUAAUGGCGAAACAGCUGAACAAAUGAAUAAAUGGCUUUUAGAAGUAUCAUGGGAAGUAGCUAACAAAGUUGGUGGAAUUUAUACUGUUAUUCGCUCAAAAGUACCUAUAACAAAAAAGGAAUAUGGGAAUAAUUAUAUUUGUUUGGGUCCAUAUAAUGAUUCAUUUGUUAAAACUGAAGUUGAAGUUAGUGAAUCAAAAAAUGAGGCUAUACGUGAAGCAGUUAAUGAUAUGAAACGUUAUGGUGUUCAUGUUGUAACUGGCAAUUGGUUGAUUGAAGGUUUUCCUCAAGUUGUUCUUUUUGAUAUUGGUUCAGCAGCCCAUCGAUUAGACGGUUGGAAAGGAGAUUUUUUUGAAUAUGCACAUAUUGGCAUUCCAUAUCAUGAUCGAGAAGCGAAUGAUGCUUUAAUAUUUGGUUUUUGUGUUUUUUGGUUCAUUGGCACAUUUAUCGAACAAGUAAAACGAAUAAAAAAAAGUUAUGUAAUUGCUCAUUUUCAUGAAUGGUUAGCUGGUGUUGGUCUUGUAAUGACACGUCUUCGUAAUUAUGAUUGUGGAUUAAUAUUUACCACACAUGCAACACUAUUAGGACGAUAUUUAUGUGCUGGUUCAGCUGAUUUUUAUAAUAAUUUAAGUUAUUUUAAUCUUGAUAAAGAAGCUGGUGAUCGUCAAAUUUAUCAUCGUUAUUGUAUUGAACGUGCUGCUGCAUCAUGUGCACAUGUAUUUACAACUGUUUCACAAAUUACUGGUGUUGAAGCACAAUAUUUAUUAAAUAAAAAACCUGAUAUAUUGACUCCCAAUGGGCUUAAUGUUCAAACAUUUGCUGCAUUGCAUGAAUUUCAAAAUUUACAUGCACAAAAUAAAGAAAAGCUCAAUGCUUUUGUACGUGGUCAUUUUUACGGACAUUAUGAUUUCGAUUUGGAUAAAACAUUAUAUUUUUUUAUUGCUGGUCGAUAUGAAUUUUCAAAUAAAGGUGCUGAUAUGUUUAUUGAAGCUUUAGCUCGUUUAAAUCAUAUGCUUAAAGCAUCCGGUUCAGAUGUAACUAUCGUAGCAUUUAUGAUCUUUCCAACAGCAACAAAUAAUUUUAAUAUUGAAUCAUUACGUGGUCAAUCUGUUGCUAAAAUGCUUCGAGAUACAGUACAAAAUAUUCAAAGUGAAAUUGGUAAACGACUUUAUGAAAUUUGUCUAAAAGGUAACCUUCCAACAUCGGAACAAAUCUUACAUCCAAGUGAUUUAAUUGAAUUAAAAAAGUGCAUAUAUGCUUCACAACGAUCAUCAUUACCACCAAUUUGUACACAUAAUGUAUGUGACGAUGUCAAUGAUCCUAUAUUAAAAGCAUUACGUCGUUGUCAAUUAUUUAAUGCACGUUAUGAUCGAGUUAAAGUUAUAUUUCAUCCGGAAUUUUUACGUUCAACAAGUCCAUUAUUACCACUUGAUUAUGAAGAAUUUGUACGUGGUUGUCAUUUGGGUGUAUUUCCAUCAUAUUAUGAACCAUGGGGUUAUACACCAGCUGAAUGUACUGUUAUGGGUGUACCAAGUAUUUCAACAAAUUUAAGUGGAUUUGGAUGUUUCAUGGAAGAACAUGUAAAUGAACCACAGACAUAUGGUAUCUAUGUUGUUGAUAGACGUUUUAAAAGUGGUGAAGAAUCAUGUCAACAACUUUCACAAUAUAUGUAUGAUUUUUCACAAUUAACUAGACGACAACGUAUUAUCUUACGUAAUCGUACUGAACGUUUAAGUGAAUUAUUAGACUGGAAUACAUUAGGCAUUUAUUAUUAUCGAGCUCGUCAAAUGGUUCUACAACGUACUCAUCCCGAAUACGAAGAAGAACUGCUCAAAAUUACAAAUGAAUCAAUUUCUACUCCAUCAACACCAGCUGUAUCUCGUUCAUCAACACCCGCACCACCUGAUCGCGAUGAAGGAACUGAUGAUGAAGAAGAACACCAAGAAGAGAGUUCAUAUGAUAAGACACACAUUGAACCGAAAACACCACCACUGACUCAUGAACCAGACGACGAACCACAUUUAGAACGUGCUGAUUCAGUUCGUCUUCUUCCCAUGAGAAAAAGAGUUCUAAAAGAUACUGAUCAUACUGCAUCUGAUCAUGGACCUCAAACUAAAUCAACGCUCAAUGAUGCUAAUGAUGAUGAAGUUCGUGAAAUAAUAGGUGGAAUAGAAAAUCCAAGCAAUAUUUAUGUUAGUACAAGCAAUAGCAAACCUGGAUUGUUACCUGAUGCUCAAACAAAAGCAUUAAAUGAUAAACUCAAUUUAGGUUUACCAGAUCGUGGUACAUUUUCAGAUUCACAUGAUGGUCAAAAACAACCAUCAGAUAGUGAUAGAAAGUCAUCAACACCAAGAGAUUUAUCAUUAUCUGAUGCAUUUCAUGGUUCAUUAAGCAGUGUUGGAACAUCUUCAUUUGAACCAACAAGUACUACCGGUGCUCAAUAUUCAUCUGCUUUUGUUGAUCAACAAGCUGCAAAAUCAAUUGGUAAAGAACAAAUAUAA